AGUAGUCCAGGAGGGAGGAGGAAGAGGAGGUGAAACUGUGAACAACUCGGCCCCUCCCGUUUCCUCUAGCCGCCCGCUGACCGGACCUUCGAGUCAGAACAGCACCGAGCAGCGGGACGAUCGCAUGGUCUCCAAAGACUCUCGCUCUUUUUUUGUGUGAAACUUCUGGCUUCAAGCUUGGGUACCGACAUGCUAUUGGCGGGACUGUGUGUGCCUCUGCUGGCAUGCUGCGCGCUGUGGCCGGCUGCGGUCCGGGCGGCGUCCUGUGAGCCAGUUCGGAUCCCGCUGUGCCGGUCCAUGCCCUGGAACAUGACCAAGAUGCCCAACCACCUCCACCACAGCACGCAGGACAACGCGGUGCUGGCCAUCGAGCAGUUUGAAGGGCUGCUGGGUACCGGCUGCAGUCCGGACUUGCUCUUCUUCCUGUGUGCCAUGUACGCUCCGAUCUGCACCAUCGACUUCCAGCACGAGCCCAUCAAGCCGUGCAAGGCUGUGUGCGAGCGCGCCAAGCAAGGCUGCGAGCCCGUCAUGAAGCGGUACAACCACAGCUGGCCCGACAGUCUGGCCUGCAGCGAGCUGCCGCUCUAUGACCGCGGCGUCUGCAUCUCGCCCGAGGCCAUUGUCAAGGCUGAGGGACCAGAUCCAUACUACCAGGACCCAGCCAGGUGUAACCCAGAAUCCAGUCCUGACUUUCCAAUGGACUCCAACAACCUUCACUGCAGAGGAGCCGACCGUUGCAGAUGUAAGACAGUCAAAAUGGGUUUAAAAACCUACCUGAAGAACAACUACAACUAUGUGAUCCGGGCCAGGGUAAGGGAAGUGAGGAAUCGCGGCAUGGAGCCAACGGCCGUGGUGGAGGUGAAGGAGGUGCUCAAGUCCUCCCUGGUCAACAUUCCAAGGGAGACGCUGACUCUUUACUACUCGUCUUCCUGCCUGUGCCCCCCCGUGGCGGCCGGGGAGGAGUACCUGAUCAUGGGCUACGAAAACGAGGAGACGUCCAGGUUGCUUCUGGUUGACGGCUCCAUUGCUCAGAAAUGGAAGGACAAGAUGGGCAGGAAGGUUAAGAGGUGGGAUCAGAUUCUGCAAGGAAAAGCCCGAGCAGCUCAUCGCCGAAGUCGCCACUGAGAUGGAGUCGUGUGUGUGUGUGCGUGUGUGUGUAGAUAUUGCACUAUGACAAGCUGUUGUAGCUGAAUGUACUUCAUCUCUUCAUGUCAAACAUUUAUCUUUGCACAAACAUCACUUAGUGUGCGCUCAGCGUGUGUGUUGUCGGCCAAUGUGAGAGCAGAGUGGGCGGAGCCUAACCUGAGCGCGUCAUCCUUUGCAGUUCCCCCGCCAUAAGGGGAAGUUUUGUCACUUUUCACAGCUUGAGCAGUCGUCAGUGAGCUGCCCUGGUAAAAACAUAAUCAGAUGUUGUUUUUUUGUCAAAUAGCUGACAUGAUCACAGGUGUACAUAGCAUUAACCCUUCUGUCUCCAGCAUACAUAACAUGCUUUGUUGGCAAGGGUGUCCAAACUCUUUUUUGAUUUACAGUAAAAUUCAAAAGGGUCCAUUUUGAUAGUUUGUAUAUCAAAUAUGCUAAAAGCAGAGAUACGCUAAAAUUGCCUAACAUUGUGAGAAAGCAAAUUCUUGCCAUAGUUUAUAAUAUACCUCAUUAUUUUUACUAUAUGCAAAGAAAACAAACUGAAAAAACACUUUGGACACCCUUGGGCUAAAAACAAAAAAAACGCAAAUUUUGCUGAUGCUGCACUUGAAUUGGACACAUUAAUUCUUUUUAGCAGAUGUUUAAUUUAAAUUAAUUCAAUUUAAAAUGAAAGAUACACAAUAAAAAAGCUUUUUAUAAUGAA